AAGCAGCUGAGACUGAGACGAUGAUUUCGAAGUAAAAAAAAAAAAAGGGUCCAAAAGAAAACUAAAAACUAAAAAUAAAAAUCAUAGUUAAAUUGAAAGAGCAUGUGAAGUGCGCAGGGAAGGCAUAUGCUCUCUCGCUGAGUCUGACCUCUCCACCCACAACCCAAGCAAUCUUUUCUUUUUCUUUUCCUCGUAGAUCUAAAAAAACAAUGAAAGAAGGGAAAUCUGCUGCUAAAUUGAACAACAGUAAUAAUCAUCAGCAACACCAGCAUCAAAAUGGGCACUUUUCUCCUUCCAAAUUCGCCAAAUUGUUGGAUCCUGAGGCCUCUUGGGACAAGGAUCAAUUGGGAGAUGUGUUGCAUUGGAUUAGGCAAGUUGUUGCCCUCGUUUGCGGUAUGCUAUGGGGUACUAUCCCUUUGGUCGGCGGUAUUUGGAUCGGCCUUUUUCUGUUGAUUUCCUCUGGGAUUAUAUAUGGUUAUUAUGCAAUGAUAUUAAAGAUCGACGAAGAAGAUUUUGGUGGUCAUUCAGUUCUCCUCCAAGAAGGGCUCUUUGCUUCUAUCACUCUAUUCCUGCUAUCGUGGAUUCUAGUGUACAGCCUGGCCCACUUCUGAUUGGAUUGAUACACCAAUCUGGCUGCUUCUGCCUAUCUAUCUUUAAGCAAUGUUCUUACUCUGUUAAUCACAUCUACAAGGCACCAUUGCUUAUGCCCCGAGAACAAUGAGAAAGUUGCUUGCAAUUAUUGUCUGUUGUCUACUUUUUGAUUGUGCACCAUCAUUACACGUAGCAUGAACAUGCUAACUUUUGAUUCAUGGUAUUUAUUUUGAAGUUUCUUCAUAAUUUUUCCUCGAAAUGUAGCGAUUGAUGAUUUGGACACCUGACAAUCAAAACUGAGGUGUGGCAAAGACAUUAAAAUUUGAUAGCAAAAUUGUGGUGGAGUGGAGAAUGAUGAAUGCUGUUUCAAGGGUCCAAAUAUUAUUUAUUUUCUUUAGGAAAAGUACUUUCAGAUUCAUGUAGUCCUGACUAGCACGUGGUUUUUUGAACCUGACUGCAUUUCAAUCCAUGGAAUGUUUACUGUGCUAUGCGUAUUGUAUAUUGUAUGUGAUUCUGUGGAUUACCUUCCCCUUUCCACUUGCUAUUUUCUAUCCUUGUUAUUUUCAAUGGGGUUUAAUCAGUUGAGUUUUUAACAAUAAUUUCAGUUUUGACAGAUUAGAGACGUUUACCACUUUUCUUGUUCUUGCUAAAAAAACGAGUCAGAUCACCCUGGAGCGGUUCUGGAUGGCAACAAUGUGAAUUGUGCAACUGGAUAAUGAAACUUUCCCUUUGUAAGAGGCUCCCACUCUCGCAAAAGCUAAUUCGCUUUUGAAGCAUUGCUAUAAAUAAGUUGCUGUUCAUUCUUGUGAA